CUGCGAAGUGCAGAAGAAGCCAGUCAGAAGAAGAGAUGGGCCGAGGCCACUGACUCUGCUACAGAGGAAAAGCUCCAACAGAUGAAUAAAGAAAUUAAAGAGCAGGAGGUGCUCAUAAAAGGUUACCAGCAGGAGAACGAGAAGCUGUAUUUACAGAUGAAGGCUCAGCAGGCCAACAGUAAAGCCAACGAGGAGGCCAUGUUUGAUGAAAACCAGAGACUGCUAAAUGAGCUGGCUUUCACAAGGGAGCAGCUGAAUAAAACCUCUAGGCCUGUGGGAAACGUCUGCUUAUUGGAUCACACUCAACGCAUCACAGACUUGUUGGCUCAAAUAAAUACCUUUCAGAGAAAUGAGGCCAGGCUGUCUGAGGAUAUUCACAGACUGAAGCAAGAAAAGCAGGCUCUAGAUGUGGACCUUCAGCUAUUGAAGAAAGAGAGAGACCUAGCUAAAGCUCAAGCUGUGUCGGCCUCAGGAGACAAGACGUUUGAGAUUCGUGUCUUGGAGAACAAGCACAGAGAGGAAGUGGCGGCCCUGAAGAAGAAGCUGCAGUGGUUUGCUGAGAACCAGGAGCUGCUGGACAGAGAUGCUGGCAGACUGAAGGCUGCUACAGCUGAGAUUCACCGGCUCAAAGAGCAGGUAGAACACCUGAAAAUGGAUGUGGGCAAAAGAAGCAGUGAGCAGCAGAGAAAGGCCAGAGAGAAAACGGGGGACACUAAGAGGAUGCAGGACCUGGAGCGACAGGUGAAGGAGCUGGAGCAGAUAUUAAGAUGUAGAAACCCAAACUCCCUGCAAGCUCUGAUCUACGCUGCAGCCACAGCUGGGGGUCAAGAGGAUGUGGAGGCUGCCAAGAUCCCCGCCAGUGGGAUCAAUGCCCUGCUGGAGCGCAGGAUUCAGCGUCUGGAGGCUGAGCUAGAGAGUCAUGAUGAGGAGGCCAAGCGCAGCCUGCGGGCCAUGGAACAACAGUUCCACAGGAUCAAGCUUCGCUAUGAGCAGCAGAUCUCAGGACUGGAGCAGCAGCUGGAACAGAAACAUCAGCUGGAAACAACACACUCAGCAGCUGGGGCCGAGCCAUGGAUGUCGCAGGUUCGAGCACUGGAGGAGGAGCUGCAGCGUGUAAAGGAAACCCACCAGGACAAGGAAAAGUCCCUCCAGGACCAGAUUGAGUCUCUCCACCAGCAGCUCAAACACAAGGCUGGUGCUACCCAGGCCCAGCCAAGUCCAGGCCGACACCAGCGUCAAGCCGAGGAAGCAUUUGGUGUCCGGAUAGAACGGCUGAACCAAGAGCUCGCCACCAAGACAAGGACCAUUCAGGAGCUGAGCCGCACUGUGGAGAGACUGCAGAAGGAGAGGCGGAGCAUGUUGUCUGUCCCCAACCCACGACCAGAAACAUGUGCUACAGAGACCAAACGACAACCAGCCAAAACCGUCUGUUCUGCUACUACAGCGGAGACACGUGGAGGGGAAGAAACGUUUCCAGCUGCUCAUUAUGAGAAGACCUACCAGCCCACAGUCUUUACAGGCAGUCACAUCUCAGAAGUUCUGCAGGAGAACGAGGCUCUGAAGCAGCGUCUGGACCUGCUGGAGCUGCAGAGUGAGCAGGACAAGGAGGCGUUAAGGGCUGAUGCUGUACAAGCCGUGAAGGAGCUGUGCAGGCUAAAGGAGGACUCUGCAGAGCAGCUGUCCUCUUUGAAAGCAGAACACCUCAGGGUGUUAGACCAACUGCGUGCCACCCAUGCCCUGGAACACUCCUCCUCUAAGGUUGCUGAACUGGCCAAUAAGCUUAACACUCAGGAGUUGAUGGUGAAACAUUUGCAAGAGCAGCUGAAAGAGCUGCAGAGAGCUAAAGAAGAACUGAAGGUAUCCAGGACCCGAGAGGAUGUUCUGCAGAAGCAGCUGACCACACUGCUGAAAGAGCUAAAGGAAGCUACUGAUGCUCAGAGCCCAGAGGUGAAGCUCCUGUGUAGCCUCGAGAGGAAGAUCCUCAACAUGGAGCUCAGACACCAGCACAGAGAGAAGGAGCUGCAGCAGGUGAUUGGUGGGUCCUGGCAGACGCUAGAGGCUGAUCAGCAGUCAGAGGUGGAGCGCUGGAGGCGUCUGGCUCAGGACAAGAGCAGAGAGCUGGAGGCGUUCCGUCUGGAGCUGGACUCCAUCCUGGACAUCCUGAAACAUCUCCAAAGACAGGGAGUGGUCCUCCCCACUCUUAACUCCCCCAUCACAGCCCCCCUCACCCAGAGGAGUUAAUGCACAGACAAGGUUUGACCGACACGUCAGUGAACAGUAGUGCUGAUAAUUGUGCACUGAAGCCAAAGCUUGACACCAUAAGCAAUAAUGAAUAUCUCCACAUUAGACCGGGUUCAGGUGAAAGGACUCCCAGUGACGGCCAGUAUAAUAUUAGCAACCACAUGUCAGAGAUAGAUGAUGCUUCCUGGUCCACGUCAGCAGCUGCCUCAGCAUCAGCAACACUUCAUGUUAACACAUACAAACAGAAAUAAAGCAACAGCAUGCUCAGAAUCUCUUUGUACACAUCCUGCUCCUGCUCCUGAUGUUUGGCUGGAUAUUUUGUAGCUAGCUUCAAUUUUUGUAUUUAAGUUAUUGUAAGUUAUUUUAGGGGUAGUGAAAAAUAAAAGUCUUAACUGUGAUAA